AUGGCUCUGCUCCUGAAGAUUUUCAUCCCCUUGCUGGGGCUGGUGGUGGCCUUCUAUUUCUAUUCACCAUCUGAGAACUUCAGUGGAGGUAAGUCACGGGGGAAGCGGGUGAUGGUGACGGGGGCCAGCAGUGGCAUCGGGGAGCAGAUGGCGUAUCACCUGGCGCGGAUGGAGGCCCACCUCCUGCUCACGGCGCGGACCGAGGCCAAGCUGCAGAAAGUUGUGGAGCGGUGCCUCGAGCUGGGCGCCGCGUCUGCCCGCUACGUGAGCGGCUCCAUGGAGGACACCUCGUUCCCCGAGGUGGUGGUGAAGGAGGCUGAGAACACCUGGGGCGGCCUCGAUAUGCUCAUCCUAAAUCACAUCAGUUACAGCCACUUCACCUACUUCAACGGGGACGUUGAGCACGUUCGAAAGCUCCUGGAGACCAACUUCCUCAGCUACGUGGCGAUGACCGUGGCUGCGCUGCCCAUGCUGAAGGAGAGCGAGGGCAGCAUCGUGGUGGUUUCAUCCGUGGCAGGUAAAACUGGCAUCCCAUUUGUAGCUCCCUAUUCUGCAACUAAGUUCGCCUUAGAUGGAUUUUUCAGCUCCUUGCGACAGGAAUUCAUCAUAGACAAGGUCAAUGUCUCCAUCACGCUCUGCGUCCUGGGCUACAUCAACACAGAGAGUGCAGUGCAGAUGGUUUCGCACGUCAUCCAGGACACGCCGGCGCCGAAGGAGGAGUGCGCGCUGGAGAUCAUCAGGAGCGGGGCGCUGCGCCAGCGGGAGCUGUACUACCCGUCCUGGACGGUGCGCAGCCUGCUCCUUCUCCACGGCAUAGCCCCCGACUUCCUCGACUCCCUCAUCAGGAGCAGCUAUAAGGUGGAAAACGUCAGAAGAACAUAG